UUUACAUACAUAAGUUGUAUGUAUGUUUCCCAGUACCCGAGUAGUUCCAUACUGCUCUCUGAUGGCAAUAAGUAUGAGUAAUGAUCUGGGAUAUCUGCACAGAGGGCAUUUUCCCCACAGCUGCAGUCGCCGUUGCACAAGUGAGCGAGAAUUGAAUAAAACUCAACUAAAGUUAACGGAUAAAGCUCCUCCACUCUGCAAAAGUUUGCUCGCCCAGUCAGUUUCUUCUAGAACGUCUGCGUGACUGGAGGGCAGAGCCUCAAGUGCACUUGAGAAGGGGCGAGAAAAGAGCGCAAAACGGCUAUAGAAGGGACAACAAAAUGUUUGCUAAAAAUAAGAUAGCCUUUGGUAAUGCCAGCACCGUAUCGAGCGAUAUGGCUGUGCAAAACUCGGCAACAAUUGAUAGCAACGCUUGCCUGAUGGUGAAUCCCAGCCAGUUUGUCCGAAUGCCCUUGGCCGAAAAUCAAGGACUCGCUAAUGCCAAGGUGGAAAGGGCCACCGAUGCACAACCCUUUACAAGCCCUAAUCCUAGGACAGGUGCCGUGCCCAAAUAUUUUGAACAAGGACAAGAGAGCUCCAUGGAGACACAGGCGGCAAGUCCCCUAAUACCCAAAGCCGAGCAGAAAAGGCUGGAGCCCGCAGAGGUUGUCAUCUUCAACAAUUCGCUCCUCGACAACAACAAGUUCCAUUCUGGCAGCAUCGACGACAUCGAACAUUUGAUGGCAACCUUUGUCGGACUCAAAUGUAAAAUGACAAUCUUUCCGGAUGCAACGGUCGCUGAUGUCAGGAGCACUAUGCAAGCUCUGGAAGAGAAAAACUUGGAGGACCGGUCAGCAGUUUUGGUGGUCAUCUUGAGUCUGUGCCACCAGUACGAAACAAUAGCCGCCAGAGAUGGAGACUACAAUAUCGAUAAUGAGAUCAUAUUUCCACUGUUGCGCAACAGAACGCUGAUCAACAAGCCGAAAAUGCUUUUCGUUCAGGCAACCAAGGGCUCCAGGGAGCUGGAAAAAUUCUGGGAAGAUACAGAUUCAGUUAAGCCUCAUGGUGCGCCCAGCGACAUAUUAAAGUGUUAUUGCACCUAUGAGGACUUCGUGUCCUAUCGGAAUUCCACUGGCGCGCCCUUUAUUCGAGAGCUCUGCAAUACGCUAAGGUCCAAUCCAAAUGUUGAUAUUGAGAGCAUUGUAAGAGAAGUCACACAGGGUGUUAUGGGCUCUACCCACGAUUGCCCAGUACCGUUGACGACUAGUACAAUGACUACCAAAUAUGCUUUUGGAGAUUUUAUCUGAACACGUGAAAGAUAUAAUCUGGCUAUCGCCGAACCGAAUGAGAGAGACAGGGUGGAAAUCUACGCGCUGAACUCAAGAAAAAAAUAUUUUUUAGUUUGGAAAUUAUUUUCUCU